UCAUUUCCUGGUAGAUCCGGCUCCUUUAAGAGGCAGAGCUUAGUGCUGGGAACCCAGGUCACUUUUCAGCCCAGAAACUCUCCAGAUCAAUGAGCGACGAAGAGCCGCUUUUCUCAGUUCUGCCUUUCAGUUUCUCUCUUCCAGGAAAGGGAAAAUUCCCCCAUUCGCGGGGCAGAGAAAGAAGGGGGAGGGGACGGAUUGAGAAAGAGCUAAUUCUAGCUCUUCGGGAGCACAACAAACAUUUUUUUUUUAAAUCAAACUCCCCUCCUCCUCCUCUUUUUAUUUUUGUCCGAAACCCAAAAUGCAAAACUGAACCAUGCAGGACGCAUCUCCCAAGACAGAUCUGCCGCAAACCUUGUGGAUUUGUCUUUCUGGAAAGAUGAUCCGAGGAACUUCUUAAAGCGCCUGCGGUUGGCUGGGAAAGGAUUUCUGCUGGGGUUGGAGGAAGAGGAAAGGAAAGAGGAAAGGGGGAAAAAAAAGGAAAGACGGGAACUUCCUGGUCUCUUUAUUUCCUUCUCUUCUGAGACAUGUCUGAGGGUCCUGGCCAGUGUUGUAUCAAGGGAGAGAGAGCCAAAAAGAUUCCUGGAGGAUUCUGCUCUUUGAUCACGGAAAUGGAAAUGGACUGCCUUCAAGCUGAUCCCGACUUAUGGCUACCCUGCGAAUAGGGCUUUCAUGCAGGAAAGGAUUUCAUAUACCCCUCCAGUGAGCCCAGUACCAACUUACACUUCCUCAUCAUCGCCAUUACAUGUCCCAGUGCCUCGAGCAAUCAGGAUGGAGGAAGAUGCCAUCAGGCUCCCAGCACACCUGCGUUUGCAGCCCAUUUACUGGAGCAGGGAUGAUGUGUCCCAGUGGCUGAAAUGGGCUGAAAAGGAGUUCUCAUUAAGACCCAUUGACAGCAACACAUUUGAGAUGAAUGGCAAAGCUCUCUUGCUUCUGACCAAAGAGGAUUUUCGAUACAGGUCUCCACAUUCAGGUGAUGUGUUAUAUGAGCUCCUUCAGCAUAUCUUGAAGCAAAGGAAUUCUCAUGUUCUGUUUUCACCUUUCUUCCACCCUGGGAACUCUAUCCAUGCUCAGCCAGAUGUCAUGUUACAUCAAAACCAUGAUGAAGAAAACUUUGUCCAGAGACCCUCAAGACAAUCAACAGACACAAUGCAUCACAACCCACCUACCAUUGAACUAUUGCAUCGUUCUAGAUCACCCAUUAGCGCCAACCACAGACCCUCACCAGAACCUGAGCAGCGGUCAUUGAAAUCCCCAUUGGAGAACACUAUUCGUCGGCUGUCACCAGCUGAUAGGCUUUCGGGGACAAGACACCACCAGGAGAACAAUCACCAAGAGUCUUACCCUCUCUCAGUGUCUCCUAUGGAGAAUAACCACUGCCCAACCCCUUCUGAAGUGCUUCAGAAGCCUUCCAGUCCCCGCCAAGAAAACACCAGAGUGAUUCAGCUGAUGCCCAGCCCCAUCAUGCACCCUUUGAUACUGAACCCCAGGCACUCUGUGGAUUUCAAAGCUUCAAGGUUGUCUGAAGAUGGGUUGCACAGAGAGGUAAAACCUAUCAACCUGUCCCACCGGGAAGAAUUAGCUUACAUGAAUCACAUCAUGGUCUCUGUCUCUCCACCCGAAGAGCAUGCAAUGCCAAUUGGAAGGAUAGCAGACUGCAGGCUCCUUUGGGAUUAUGUCUAUCAGCUGCUGUCAGACAGCCGGUACGAAAACUUCAUCCGAUGGGAAGACAGAGAAUCCAAAAUAUUUCGGAUAGUGGACCCGAAUGGGCUGGCCCGGCUGUGGGGUAACCAUAAGAACAGAACAAAUAUGACCUAUGAGAAAAUGUCUAGAGCCCUGCGCCACUAUUAUAAACUAAAUAUUAUCAGAAAGGAGCCGGGACAAAGGCUUUUGUUCAGGUUUAUGAAGACUCCAGAUGAGAUUAUGAGUGGCCGCACCGACCGCCUAGAGCAUCUUGAAUCUCAGGAACUGGAUGAGCAGAUAUACCAGGAAGAUGAGUGCUGAAGGAACCAGUCCCCUGCUUCACUUUGGUCUGUGGAAGAGCAGUCUGCAUGGAGGCAAGUUCAGAUGGAAGUGAGACCCCAGGACUUAGCAUUUUCCUUGGAGAUGGUACAGGAGCCCAGAGCACCUUCCCAAAACAAAUCUAUUAGCAAGGAGUUAGCAGCAAGAUUUGGAAGACAGAAAAAAACAGAGUACUACUACAUUGUUCCUUUUUAGAAUGUCCCUCAUCCUGGGUUUUUUGGUUGGUUGGGGAUUUUCUUUUCUAAUUAAUGACUUUUGUAGAGCAAAACACCCCGUUUUUGCUUAUUCUGAGGGCUUUUCCUAUGGAAAUGUAGCACAACUAUUUUCUGUGCAAAGUCUCACAAGGUGAUCCCAGCAUAAGAACAAACAGUGACAUAUGCUAUAAGGGAAGUCAGAAAUUAUCUUGAGCUCCUUUAAUUUCUUUUAUUCACUCUUGUCACAACAAUAAAAAAUUCUGGAUGGUAAUCCAGGGUGAAGGGUAUAAGAAAUGAAGAGGUGUUCUUCUAUACAUGUGGGAAUCUGAGAGGCAUAUCUUGAGCUGAUGUUGAGACUUGAAAGUGUUGGCUAACCCCCAGUAAACGUGGACUUUUCCAAGCACCACAGCGCUGCAGGGAUGAGAAAUAAAAGGAGAACCUCUAACAAAAUGCAGUAGACUUCUCCACACCUUUCUCCAGUCCUUUCCAACUCAAGGUUUAAAUGAAAACCAUACUAAAAGGAUGGAAUUGUUGUUUGACUCAAUUUGUUGAGCCAUCAGCAGAGUAUUUUCAGUUGCACGAGGAUUCUUUUGUGUGUGUGUGUGCCAGCCAUCAGUCUCUAGAGGUAGAAGAACCAGUUGAUCAUAAAAAGAGAAAGAAGACUUUAGCGCCUUUAAAUUGCUUCCUCAGGAGUGUCCUAUACAUCUCUGACAGGCUGUUAUCACAACCAUAUGGGCUGCAAAAGCUGCGCUGAUCUUUGCAUUGGUUAUGUUUUACUCUGCUCUGUCCAAGCGUAACAGUUCAGUUUCAGGCAAUGUUAGCCAUAAAUGUGGAACUUCAUAAAAACGACUAGCAUUCUUGGCCUGUUAAGUUUAAAUGUGUUAGGUUCUUGCAGCUCUAGACUACAAAGUACCCUCUUUGGUGACAGGAGUUUUGCUUGCGCCUUUGUUGGUAGGAAGUCUUAGCUCUUUAAUCUUCAAGAAGGUUGUUAAAUUAUGCUGAAGUUGGCAGUAUGUUAUUCUGUGGUUCCACAGAAUAUCUUACUCCUCAUAGAAUUCACAUGUUCAUCUGUACACAUAAUGACAGAAUGCAAUCUGUGCUACAGCAUCCACAUUUGAUAAAAGCCAUUCACAGGGUUGUAUAUGUCUUAAACACUUGUGAAACCUAUAUUCUGUGCCAUGAUAACUUAAAAUUCUGCACCAGGAAAUAUGAAAAUGUAUCACUUGGAGCUGAUAUGCAAAUUAAGCAUAUUUGCCUUGGUUUUAUUUAUUUUGCAUAAUGUGUUCUGCUUCUGUUAGAGGGGGAUGGGGAGGAACCGCUAUGCUGAGUAAUGAAGAUCUGCUCCCACCUCCCCAUCACUAGUCAUUCUGCUCAGGCACCCUCCUAGUUUCUGAAAUUUCUUCUGAAUCUUAAUAGCUAGAAACCUGGUUUUAAAAAAACAAAACAAAAAAACCCUGAAAUUCUCAGGAUGUUGAGUCCUAAUAUAUGUUUCUGCAAUUGCACGCCAAGGUUAUGUAAUACACCCAGCCCUGGCCAUUGGUUGGUUUCUUACCAGUUUCAGUAAAAGUUGCUCAGUAUUAUGUUUUUACAGAAGCAUUCACUAGAAAAUUGGCAAGCCCUGUGUCUGCAGCUCUUUUUUUCCUAGAAAAUGUUUAAUAGGAAAAUGAAAUGUGCUACUGAUAGAGCUAAACUUUUAAAAUAAAAAAUGCAGCAUAAGGAAAGAAAAUAACCUUGCACAUACAUAUAAAGCUUUCCUUCUCUCACACGUGCAGGUGAUCAUUUCUCCAUCUCUUUGCCCGUCACUCUUCACCACAGGUAACUCUUCAAGCCCCUUAUGGGCAGAGCAAUUAUACUCAGUGGUGCCAGGACAAGAGAAGCCGGCAUAAAGUUCCACCACACCCAGUUGCCGUUCAGGAGCCUUUGGGUUGCUGAGCACUAGCUUAGCCAGAAGCUACAUGCACCUACCAGAAAGUAAAAGCCUUCUCUCCCAAAUACCCCUACCAGGGAGUAAGACUUCUCCGUUGACUUUAUUUUCUUAGACGGACCUUUUUUCCAGUGUAACGUUUGCUUGCAUUGGGACAGGCAGGUGGAUGUGGCCUAAGUCCCCUCACCUCAGCCCCUCCCCAUCAUGCCCCCAGAACGCCCCUUUUUCCGGACUUACACCAGCUUCACUUACGUUGAGCUGGGCUAAGCCGGCUGAACCCCAGCUGAGUGGGGCUGAGGGACUUAUGCUGGCAUAGCCCAGCUGAGUCAGGACCCAGCUGGCUCAGUUCGAGAUCCACCAUGUCCAACUCCCCUCAGCCUGGCAUAAAGGCAAAUUGGAUUGCUCCCUUAAUCUACUAUUCAUACAUUGGCCAGUUAAGUAGCCAGUACAACAUACAUUGGCCGAGGAGAUGCUCUACAUUCAGGGCCAAUUAAAAGCAGCCCUGACAGAGCUGCUGCAUCCCAGAUUGAAAUCAGUUCCACAUUUUAUGGAAUUAUUUCUAAUAAACUUCAAUUCCUGCUUAUUGUUGACUUCACAACUUUCAGAUUAUCUGCUUUAUAUAUUUGCAAAGGGCUCAAAUCCCAUUUAUUUCUUUGAAUUUUGCAGGUUUUUUAAAAAUUUUACGUAGCUUAUAGUUAGUUACUCUUGGAGGUGGAACCUACCUUCCCUUCAAUCACAGCAAAUGCAAAUUAUGCAUCUAAAAUUUAAAAAGGUUUGAUAUCUAAGAGCAGGCAGUUGCACUGUGGUUUUAGGUUGUUGUUUCUUAAUCCAUGCAAGCAGCCCUAGACAGUGUAGGCAAAUGUAAUGUAUGAAUCAUGUGAUCACAGCUCUGGUCAGAAACAAUUUCUAUGAUUGUGGAAGCUGGAAAAAGAACAUUCGUUUGAUGACUAUUGUAGACUGAGGUAAACUGCAACUGGAAUGAUGCGUUUUUCAUAUUCAGGAAUCAAAUCCAAGUUAUUGUUUCCUUUGGGCCAUAUUAAGGGUCACAAUUAAUAUGUGACUGCUUCUGAAAAUGGCAGCUGUGGGUCUAGUUUGUAACUAUUUCGUUCUGUCAUGAUGUUCUGCACUUCCCUGCUCCACCAGUGGUAGUCAGUGAUAGGCAGAAUAGGAAAUUGACUCUUGAAACUUAAAAGCAGGGGGGGCACCCUACCAUAAAACUCACCUUGAAGUUCCCCAUACAAACUGAGCAUUGCAAACAUCCCUGAGUUCAUACAAGGGCUGAAAUUUCUUUACCAUUUCUCUUUAAACAGCUGCAGCCAUAUGCAAAUUAAGAAUGAAAUGGUGGUGUUGUGGGGUGGUUUUUUUUAAAAAAAAUCUUUUUAUUUUGUUAAGUAAUUUAUAGCCGGUUGAUGAUGGCUCUUCCUUUUUUCUUCAAGGUGUGGGGUUAAGGGAUUGAACUGAAUGAAUGUAAAAAAGAAAACAAGAAUGCCUCUUCUCAGGGCCAGUGAGUUGCAAAUAAUUUUUAAAUGCUUGUAAUUACAUCAUCUCAAUAAAUUUUUUAAUAUAAAAA